UCCCUAGUCUAUAAAAACCCACCGCGUCAGUAGGACAUCAUUCAUAAUAAUGUUUAAGCUAAUAGCGGUAGUUUUGCUUGCAAUUUGUUCUUGUUUUGCACAGGAUGCAAACCGUCCCAUCAUUACCACAACUGGAGGUCAGGUGCAAGGAAUAACGGCCAGCUGUGGCUUAUUCUGUAGCUACUUCCAAUUCAAUGGCAUACCAUAUGCGGAGCCUCCAGUUUCAGAUCUAAGAUUCCGGAAUCCAGUCCCACAUCGUGGAUGGUCGGGUGUUCGAGAUGCUAGUGAACAUGGAGACAAUUGUCCAGCUCUAAGUCCUCUCAGUGAACACUCAGGCAGUGAGGAUUGCUUGUUCAUCAAUGUGUAUACGCAGAACAUUAUCGGAUCUCGGCCGGUUAUGGUAUGGAUUCAUGGGGGUGCCUUCGUGCUAGGUUCCGGUGAUUCUAGGAUGUACGGGCCAGAUCAUUUAGUUCAAGAAAAUGUGGUGGUUGUCUCGUUCAACUAUCGACUUGGCAUUUUGGGAUUCUUCAGCACUGGUGACACACAUGCACAGGGUAAUUGGGGUGUGAAGGAUUGUGUUGAGGCGCUGAGAUGGGUUCGCGACAAUAUUGCGGCUUUUGGUGGAGAUCCCAACAAUGUGACGAUCUUUGGUGAAAGUGCGGGUGGAGUGCUGGUACAUUAUCUAGUUUUAUCUCCAAUGGCCACCGGAUUAUUCCACAAAGCAAUCGCCCAGUCUGGAACCGCUUUGGUUCCAUGGGGAUUCCAGUACAACGUUCGAGAAAUGGCACACAGUAUUGCGGAUGCAUUCGGUUAUCCGCACGAUAGUGCAGAACUUACACGACUUCUGCGAUAUACUCCGAUUGGAGAUUUCAUUGCUCUUCAAAGAUCCAUCACGGACAUACCGAUUCCUCGUGGGUUCAAACCCUUCGAAUAUGUUCCUAGUGCUGAACCGGUCAACUCCCCAGAACCCACCUUCCUUACACAACGCCCAAUUGAAGUCCUGCUUUCAGGAGCAUACAAUCAUGUUCCAAUGAUGAUCGGCUACACUAGUGCAGAAAGCCUGUUUAUGGUUCGUGAGCAUCUUCUGGAUUCUACUGUAUGGAACGAAUUCACUCGCAAUCCGCAAUUCUUUGUGCCACACUUUUGGAAUAUUGCUGCCAACACUCCAGAAUCAAACGCAGUCAGUCAAGCAUUCCGCAAUUUCUACUGGCAGGAUCGUCCUCUUGACGCUGAUAUCAUGGUAGAAUGGACACAAUUCCACACUGAUCAACAAUUCCUUUAUGCCGUGGACAAAACAGUUGUUUUAACUGCUGAACGAAACACACAACCCACUUUCUACUAUAAAUUCAGUUUUGAAGGUGACCUCAACCUAAUGAAACGAAUGCUAUUAUUGACUGACUUCCCGGGAGCAGUUCAUGCUGACGAAUUAGCCUACCUAUUUUCUAUAACAAAUCUACCGAUUUCGCCCAUUCUACCAAGCAAUCCAGCAAACCUUGUUCGACAGCGAAUGGUUCGCCUUUGGACCAACUUUGCCAUCACUGGCAAUCCUACUCCAAAUUCCGAUACGGCCCUACAAAACAUCCAAUGGGGUCCAGUUCAAGGAAGCGAUAUGACAUACCUAGACAUUGGAGACAACCUUAUAGUGACUCAAAACCCCAACCAAGCGCGUAUCAACCUUUGGAGAGAUUUGGAAGAACGCUAUGCCAAUGACCCAUUCUUUUAUCCUUAUUCUUAAGAGACUUGUAAUAAAAUAAAUUUACUACUCUUGAA